CAACGACCUGUUUGCUCUCAUGACAACCGAGGUAUCCCACGGCCGCGGUGGAGCGGGAAAUAUCGAAGCUGAUGACACCAAGUAUGUCGACGGCGAGGUUGUGCGAUCCGGAGCCGUGGGCAGUCAUGGCGAUGGCGCAUUCAGUGCCGGCCGAGGAGGCGCCGGCAACAUCACCGACAUCGGAACCACGUCAACCCAGCGCAAAGACACGGAUUUCGUCCCAGAGGCCGCUGUGAGAGCAAGCCAGGACGUCCAAGGAUAUCACACGGGCCGUGGCGGCGCAGGCAAUGAGCAUCACGCCGAUGAGAAGGCCGAAGCGAAGCCUCGCCCCGUGGCACCGGUUGGCCUGGCGGAUAAGCUCAAGACAAAGCUGUUUGGCGCGUUCAAGCACUGAGUCUCCGAAGCUAUCGUAGUGCGGGAGAAAAGCAUUUGACCAUCCGGGUGCUGAUGAAGUUUUGGUUAUGGUCUGGUCACCUUUGUUGGACAACACAUAUGAUAUCCCACUUCAAUUUUGAGUUUUGUUUGCUUUAGAUGGCAGAUCGCUGUUACGAUGCUGUCAGUCACUAUAGGUAGAGAAUGACAUGCAAGAUAAUAAGCAGAAUAAACUUUUCAACC